GUAACUCUUGUUUGAAUAGUUGGAUAUAAACCACUUUCACAGCACAAAUGUGGUCCCCUAAGUGGUGCUAGUCCUGCUUCUCCUUCCGUCUGUACUACACACAAAAGAAAAUGGGGGGAAAUCCCAAACUACCACUAUCGCACAGCCCCCCACAACAACCAUCAAUUGCUCCUUGAAAAUUGUGAACACCCUGUCCCGGGUCAUUGUAUGCCAUUUACCACAUGAUGCAAAUGUUAUGGCAAAUGCAGAAGUGGAGGAUUGCCUCGGAGGAAACCAAGUCACGGUGUCUGUAGUGAAAAACCGCACCUCGCUCCCUGAUGGCAAGAUCUCCCCGUGCACAAAGCUGACCUCCAAGGAUGUCCUUGUUGUAGAGGACAAGACCAACCAUUCUGUAACCCUUUGCUGGAGAAACCCACCCGUCUCCCCUGCUUACAAAUACAGCUUUGCUGCCGACACCAUCUACACAGCCAACAUCUCGGGGCUUUCAGCCGGGCAAGAUUACAAGAUGGCAGUGUACAUGAUCAAGCCAGAUGGAAACUGUAGCCAGUGGAGCUCUACCAAUGUAACCACCCAGCCUUCUGCAGUCCUGAAUGUUUUGAUAGAAGCACGCAACACAAGUUCACUGACAAUUGGAUGGAAGCCACCCGAGGAUUCUGGCAACAAUACCAACCGGUAUGAGAUCUGCCUCUCCAACAUAACUCUCAGCACUCCUCCACGGGGACCAGGCUGCACUGUUGCCUCCCGGAGCCCACACCUUGAGGACAGUCUGCGAGCAGGAGUUACGUACAGCGUUGCGGUCUACACUCUCACCUCCAAUAAUGUCCCCAGCAUUCCGACAGAAAUCAAUGCCACCACAGCUCCAAACCAGCCCAAGAACAUAAUGGUGAAUGUGACAUCCUACAACACCCACAACGUUUCCAUUUCCUGGAAUCCCCCCGAAGACCCCAAUGCGAACAAUUACACAUAUUGGGUGAGUUGGGCCAGAAGUGAAGAUGACACAGCUCUAAUAAGGAACGCCAGCACGGUCAACUUCACAUACAUCAUCAAGUGCCUUGAACCAGGGAACUUCUACUCGGUAAAGCUGAAGUCAUGUAUUAGUGGUAUCAUGAGUGCUGAAGCCACACUGCAGAUUCUGACAGCCCCGUUGCCCCCUACUAACCUCAGCAUCCGCACCAUCAACCAGACGGCUGCUACCUUGUCCUGGGAGCGCCCAAACUCAGCUUUCAAUGACUUUGGGCUUCAGCUAUGGGAGAAGCCAGAUAAACUCAUGGAAAAUCUAACCUUUCCCAACAGUACCGCAGGGCUGAAUGGGCUCACUCCCGGUACCAACUACACCUUCCGUGUGUUCAGCGUGGCCAGAGGAAGCAACCUGAAGACGGAAAGCAUUCCUGUUGAGCUCGAAAAUGCCACAAAGCCAGACCGCGUAGGCCAUGUGGAAUGCCAGUCCUUGGAAGGGGGCUACAGCCUGAAAGUGUCCUGGCUCCAUCUCCUUGGUGGGUACACCACAUUCAAGGUCAUUUGGCUUGGCCAUUCAAUGGAGGUCCGGCUCAACCACACAGAGCUGAACAAUCUGCAGCCUGCCAGGAGCUAUCAGAUUCAAGUGGCAACUGUCUGGUACGACCAGGAGGUGCUGUCCCAGCCUGUGGUGUGUCACACGGAUGAUACAGGGGUCAUACUUGGAGCUCUAUUUGCCGUGUUGCUCUUCCUGCUCAUUCUCGGCCUGUUGCUGCUUUAUUUCAGGAGGAGGAGGAAGAAAAACAUCUUGGAGAAGAAGCAGCAGAAGCCAGCGGAGAAACUGCCUGGAGAUGUUGCCCCGGUACCUGUGGCGAAUUUCCCCAGCUACUGCUGUGAGCGCUCAUCUGAUAGUGCCUUCGGUUUUGCCAACGAAUACCAGCAGCUCCAAGACAUAGGGACAGAGCAGCCCCAGAGUGUGGCCCAGCAACCAGAAAAUCAAGUUAAGAAUCGCUAUAGCAACGUCCUGCCAUACGACAGCUCACGUGUCCUGCUCACUCUUAAAUCCAACGAUUCCCACUCAGAUUACAUCAAUGCUAGCUAUAUCCCUGGCUACCAGAGGGAAAACGAGUUCAUAGCAGCCCAAGGCCCACUGCCAAGGACACUGCACGACUUCUGGCGCAUGAUAUGGGAGCAACAGAUCACUACUUUGGUCAUGCUCACCAACUGUGUAGAGAGUGGACGGGUGAAAUGUGAACACUAUUGGCCCCUGGACUACACGCCCUGCACCUAUGAUGACAUCACUGUAUCCGUUAUCACAGAAACCAUCCUCCCCGACUGGACCAUCCGGGACUUCACUAUCAAGCGGAUGAGUGUGCCUGAGGCCCGCCUUGCUCGGCAUUAUCACUACACGUCGUGGCCGGACCACGGGGUGCCCCAGAUCACAAGCACCAUCCUUCACUUUCGAGACCUCGUGAGGGAGCACAUCGAACAACAUGAGGGCAGGGCCCCAACUCUCGUUCACUGCAGUGCUGGUGUGGGCCGAACAGGGACAUUCAUCGCCUUGGACUCUCUGCUGCGCCAAGCCCAGAACAAGGGAGAAAUUUGUGUCUUUUCUUUCGUCCAGAGGAUGAGGAUGAACCGUCCACUCAUGAUCCAGACUGAGGCCCAGUACAUCUUCCUACACCAGUGCCUCUUGGAUGGGAUCCAGCCCGCUUCCCAGAAUGACUGUGAGAAGACGGAGGACACUGUUGUGUACGAAAACACUUGGGCCCUGCAAGGCUACGAGAUGUCCCGUGUGUGAAGGUAUCGGCCGCCCCCCUGGCAAGAACCAAGAAUGGCCGCAUCCAGAGCAUUCCAAAACCAAAGCAACUCAGACUUUGAGGUGGCCUUCCCAAGAAUCAGCAGCCAGUUUCUAGAGGAUCGCCUCUUUAAAUCUGUUUCCCCUGUCUAAUUUUGGUUUGUGGGUUGAUUGGGCCAGGUGCUUGUGGUGGUAUAGACUGUUCUUGGCCUCCACAGCUUGCAGACGAAGAUGCACCUUUUCCUGUUAUGAGAGCAGGAUGAAGUUCUAAGUGUGGGAGGAAAAGAAACAAGUAGAGCAGAGCUUUUCCGGUGUUGCUCUAGUCAGUGGCGGCCCUUCCAUGAGGCAAUGUGAGGCAGUCACCUCCAGUGGUGGAUUAUUGGAGUGGCAGCAAGAUGCCCUCCUGCUCUCACCACUGGAGCAGCUCUUGGGGGCCAAUUUGACCCGUGCAAAAGCUUUGCAGGGAAAGCCUCUCCUCCCACCCCUAGCAAAACCUGGAAGCAGCACCAGGAGAGAAGAAGAGGCUGCUAGCAAGCUCCCCUCCUCCCGCUCCCCAACCACUUUCACCAUUUGCCCAGUGUAGGGUUUGAAAGGGGCCUGGCCCCCCACCAGGACUGUAGGUCAAGGCAGUAUUUGGUGCCGCGAUCCCUUGGGCUGCCCCUGGCUGUGGCAGCCACGUGUGACCAUCAGGCACUAUCGAGGCAGCCACGGUGACACAGAACGGCUCCGUUGACUUGGAUGGGAGGUGACCAUGCUGUGGCCACCAUGCAUCUUCUGUGGCUUUAUGAACCUAGGGAGCUGCCUUACACUGAGUCAGAUCAUUAGCCCAUCUAGCUCAAUAUGGCCCACAUGGCCUGGCAGCGGCUCUCCAAGGUUUUGGACAGGAAUCUCUCCCAGCUGUCCCUAGAGAUGCUCAGGAUUGAACUAGGAACAUCGGAAGCGGCCUUCUACCAAGUCAGACCCUUGGUCCAUCUAGCUCAGUAUUGUCUACCCAGACUGGCAGCGGCUUUUCCCAGGUUGCAGGCUGGAG